AUGUCGGACAGCACGCAGGAUAUUUUAAUAAAGGAAGCAGCCGCCGCUGCUGCAAUGAGUGGUUCGCUAUUUAGCACAUUCGACAUCAUAAUGCUUGUCAUCCUAUUUGGAGCGGCUGUUUGGUGGCUAUACAGUUCUAGAAAAGACAACAAGAAAGAUGAUUUGUUACUAAGUAAAUACUCUAUUCAACCGGCCGCCACAAUAGAAGUGACAGAAAACUCAUUUAUCACCAAAUUGCAGUCAUCUGGUCGAAGUCUAGUUGUAUUUUAUGGGUCACAAACCGGCACUGGGGAGGAGUUCGCGGGGCGACUGGCCAAAGAAGGUGUUCGUUACAAGAUGAAAGGCAUGGUUGCUGAUCCCGAAGAGUGUGAUAUGGAAGAACUCACGAAGUUAAAAGAUAUUUCGAACUCCCUCGCCGUGUUUUGCGUAGCAACGUAUGGUGAAGGAGAUCCGACUGAUAACGCUAUGGAAUUCUACGAAUGGUUGAAAAAUGGAGAACCAGAUCUAACUGGAUUAAACUAUGCAGUCUUCGGUCUCGGUAAUAAAACAUAUGAGCACUAUAACGCUGUGGCAAUAUAUAUUGACAAGCGUCUGGAAGAGCUUGGUGCUGCAAGAGUUUAUGAACUAGGAUUAGGUGAUGAUGAUGCCAACAUUGAAGAUGACUUUAUUACAUGGAAGGAAAAGUUUUGGCCUGCAGUUUGCGAGAAGUUUAAUAUUGAGAGUACAGGUGAAGAAGAGCUGACAAGACAGUUUCGCCUGGUUUCACAUGCACCAGGUGAUGUGGCAUCUAAUGAAGUCUUCAAAGGAGAAAUCUCCAGACUACAUUCAUUGGAAGUACAGAGGCCGCCAUUUGAUGCUAAGAAUCCAUUCUUGGCUCAGAUCAAGAUUAACAGGGAAUUACAUCAAGGUGGUGACAGAUCAUGUUUGCAUGUAGAAUUAGACAUUUCCGAGUCAAAGAUGAGAUAUGAAGCUGGUGACCAUGUGGCAGUAUAUCCCACAAAUGAUGUGAACUUAGUGAACCGUUUAGGAGAACUAACUGGUGCAAACUUGGACGAAGUCUUCUCCCUCAUUAACACUGAUCAAGAAAGCACCAAGAAGCAUCCAUUCCCUUGUCCCACAUCAUACCGUACUGCAUUAUCUCACUACCUAGAAAUUACAGCCCUACCUCGUACACACAUUCUUCGAGAACUUGUAGAAUACUGUACAGAUGAAGAGGACAAACAGAAACUACUCCUCAUGGCCACAAAUUCUCAAGAGGGCAAAGCACUCUAUCAAACCUUUAUAGUUGACGCCUGUAGGCAUAUUGUUCAUAUUUUGGAGGACAUAAAAUCGUGUAAACCGCCACUUGAUCACCUUUGCGAAUUAUUACCCCGUUUGCAACCAAGAUAUUAUUCAAUUUCCUCAAGUCCUAAACUCUACCCGGAAACUGUGCAUAUAACAGCAGUAGUUGUGAAAUAUAAGACACCGACGGGACGAUUGAACAAGGGUGUGGCGACCACUUGGCUGGCAGACCACAAGCCAGAGCCUGGACAGCCCCUACCGCGCGUUCCUGUAUACAUCAGAAAGUCACAAUUUAGGUUACCACUUCAAACUCAGACUCCAGUAUUGAUGGUGGGUCCCGGUACUGGUUUAGCUCCAUUCCGAGGUUUCCUUCAGGAGCGUGCUGUCGCACGUCAGAACGGAAAGGAGGUUGGAGACACCAUUCUUUACUUCGGUUGUCGGCAUCGUGACCAAGACUACAUCUACCGAGAGGAAUUGGAGGAGUACGAAAAAAAUGGAGACGUGACACUCCACGUCGCGUUUUCCAGAGAUCAAGCGCAGAAAGUAUAUGUCACUCACCUUUUGGAGAAGAACUUAGAUCAAAUAUGGGAUAUUCUUGGCAAGAGAAAUGGACAUUUCUACAUUUGCGGAGACGCUAAGAAUAUGGCAGUGGACGUGCGUAAUAUUGUAAUCAGGGCCGUCGUAGAAAAGGGAGGUCGCACCGAAGCUGAGGCCGCACAAUUCCUCAAGAAACUUGAAUCUAUGAAGAAAUAUUCCGCCGACGUAUGGAGUUAG